AUGGUUGAGGCCAGCGCAGUUCAAAGCGAUCCACCCUUGAGCCGGAGAAGGGAACGUUUGACGUCUGCCUUUCUUGAUGAAGACCUCAGCUACCCUCGCAAUCCACUGCUGGACCGUCUCGCCUUCCUUAGUUGCCAGACCAAACACUUCACCGAGUGCUUGUCCCCUCUGUUCAUGGGCCUCCUUCUCAGGAAGCCUUUCCUGCAGGAUCUUAAGGAUCUUGUCUGCUCCGUCAUCCACUUGGAUGCUGCUCAGCUCCAAAGUCUAAGGCCUUCCCAUCCAAGAGCGUGUACAGGAAGGGUCCUUCCUUGUUGCUUGGCCGUCAGUUUCUCCAUGGUGUACAUCUUCGCUUGCACCUAUUGGCACCACUUGCGCAGCGGACGGCCAGGGUCGUCGCUUUUUCCACUGAAUCGCUUCAGCGCACGGUCGUCUGUCGCCAUUCCGGAAGACGAAGCCGCACAGGGUUUGGCUGCCUCGUGGAAAGAGCGCCAUGCGGAGAUCGCGAAGAUGCGACAGGAACGCAAGCUCGACUCUGCCCAGGGAGUGACCAGCUUGGCUCAGUGGGGUCAGACGCUGAGUACGCUGCGGAAGGUUGUCAGUCUCAAGCUCAGCUACGCCGAGCUCAUGGAGCUUUCCAAGUCCGACCGCGAGAUCUACAGCUACCUCUAUGUCUUCGUCCUCUUCUUCACCGGCAACUCCGCUAAGGUGAAGGACGUGCAGAAGUACCUCGUGGCCUCUGGCUACAGGGCC